UUCCUCCGUGCUGCAAUCAAACAUCCGUAGCUGGAGAGGAGAGAACAGAGUAGAGUAGGGAGAUGUCGAAGGAGGUGAUGGCGGAGGCAGAGCACCCGCCGGCGAAGGACUACCAUGAUCCUCCGCCGGCGCCGCUGCUGGACCUGGGGGAGCUCAUGCUCUGGUCCUUCUACCGCGCACUCAUCGCCGAGUUCAUCGCCACGCUGUUGUUCCUUUACGUCACCGUGGCCACCGUCAUCGGCUACAAGGCACAGUCCCAGGACGACCAGUGUGGCGGCGUCGGCAUCCUUGGCAUCGCCUGGGCUUUCGGCGGCAUGAUCUUUAUCCUCGUUUACUGCACCGCCGGCAUCUCUGGUGGACACAUAAACCCGGCCGUCACGUUGGGUCUGUUCCUGGCGCGGAAGGUGUCGCUGCUGCGCGCGGUGAUGUACAUGGUGGCGCAGUGCUUGGGGGCCAUAUGCGGUGUCGGGAUCGUGAAGGGCAUCAUGAAGCACCAAUUCAACGCCUUCGGCGGCGGGGCAAACUCUGUAGCCGCAGGAUACUCCAAGGGCACCGCGCUCGGCGCCGAGAGCAUCGGCACCUUCGUGCUCGUCUACACCGUCCUCUCCGCCACCGACCCCAAGCGCAGCGCCCGCGACUCCCACGUCCCGGUGUUGGCUCCGCUGCCCAUUGGGUUCGCUGUGUUCAUGGUUCACUUGGCCACCAUUCCCAUAACUGGCACGGGCAUCAACCCGGCGAGGAGCUUCGGAGCCGCCGUCAUUUACAACCAGCACAAACCCUGGCAUGACCACUGGAUCUUCUGGGUGGGUCCUUUCGUCGGAGCUCUGGCGGCGGCGGUGUACCACCAGUACGUGCUGAGGGCGGCGGCACUGAAAGCUUUGGGCUCGUUCAGGAGCAGCCGCAGCAACUAAAAGAGCCGCUGCACCUUUGCGUUCCCUUCUCCGUCUGCCUUUUGUUAGCAUGUGAAAGUGUUUGCUUUUUGUCCUCAACUCUGUUGCCCUGUGGACUCCUUAAUUCAUUCUCUUAAGCAGCUUUUAGUGGGCUACAUAAUGUUUUAACUCAUUUGGCUUUUGUUUGAUUUGCUUGUGGAGGGGACUGUAAUAUUUUUCAGAUGACUAUUAUUAUUAUAUCUUUUUAGCUU